AUGUCUACAAACACCAUAGCCACGUCUCAUCCCCAAAAUCCAAUCUCUUGCGAACCAUGUCGACAGAAGAAAUGCAAAUGUGACCGACUCCUAACCGUGCUAGAAUUUAUACUAAUAAUCGCUAGAGGUCUUCCGCAAGGGUAUAUAACCCAUAUUGAACAUCGUCUCGCCGCGACAGAAGCGGCUUUGUUCUCGAUGUAUUCCCAGGUUCGGGCUGAGAGGGCUGUGCAACCGCAGAGGCAAUCACACGUUCAGGAAAACACUCUGGCUGUUCCUGUUGAUGUGGUGGCUUCGUCGAGGGGAAGUCGGAUGGAAAGUAUGGCGGAGUGGCAGGCGUUGCCGUUGAGGACUCGAGGAGAGCUGGAGAGAUGGUGGGGGGUUAAGAGAGGAGCUUGGGGGGUAGAGAUUGAUGAUGGGGGAUGCUCUUCUGGUGGCUUUGGGCAAGAGAGCGAGAAGCGGUUGUUGGUUGAGGAUCGAAAUGAAACUAACCCAGGGGGAAGGGACGCAAAUCUAGAAGUAGAUAGUGGGAAGAUGACCAGAGCGGAGAGACUGGCAAGGCUGGAAUCAAGGGUAUAUUUUUGA